AAGAGGCAUCCACAAGAUGGCCGCUGUCGAGCCACUUCUGGACCGCGCCGUCCGCUCCGUUCGCGCUCGGCUCUCGCACCCUCGCGUGUGGAGCCUGCAAGAGCUGUGCCGGCGCUGCCUCGUGUCAGCGCGUUCGCUGCCCGAGUGGAAGGCGCUGACGCGAAACUUCGCCGAGCGUGUCAGGCGCCGGGCCUGCCUCUUCUCGAUCGUGCACUUCAGCGGCUGCGGCGUCAACUUCUGCCUGCAGCGCUACUUCUCCGAGUCCGACCACCACUCCUACUGGAUCAGCUGCACGCUGGACCGGAAGUCCUACAUGGCGGUCAGCGAAGGGCGCCAUUUCGCUGUCCUUCCGGGAGACAGGGCGUCGAACCGCAACGCGGACAGGCUGCUCGAGGACGACGACCUGUGGCACUGGGCUCGGCUCGACCACCCGCACGUGCUCUCGGUGCUGGCGGUGGCGUGCAACGCGCCCGGCGUCCAGGUCUACCUGGUCACCCCGUCGCCCGACGACGGCCUCGAGCACUUCGCCGGCAUCCUGGCCGUCAGGGACCUGUGCGUGCGCGAGCUGCAGCUGUGGAAGUUCCUGCGCCAGCUGUGCUCGGCCCUCAUCUACCUCCGAGGUCGGCGCCAGGGCCUGGCGGUGGAGCCGUUCGACUUCUUCAACGUGUACCUGCGCCGCGCCGACCUGGUGCUCAACAACGGGCUCGCGUGGAACCGCCGCCGCUUCGAGAUCACCUCGCUGCCGGGGUCGCUGUGGUCGCUGCUGCUGCGGCCGGAGGACGACUUCGCCGCCGUCUACGCGGCCGUCUCGACCGCCGAGCGCGAGGCCCGCGCCUUCUCGGUCGCCGUGGUCGUGGCCCAGCUCGUGGCCCUGGCCGUGGGCGACGACGCGGCCCGACGUUGGCGCGGUUCCACUUCGGGAGGCCCCCGGGCCGCGCACCACAUCUACGGCGUCGAGCUGGUCGCGGCGCCGUGCUCGUACGGCCCGCAGCUGGUGUCCACGCUGGCCGAGAUGUUCCGCAGUCCCCAGCCCGCGCUGGAAGCGGUCCGGGACAGGGCCGGCGUGAUGUAUGCGUCCAUGGCGUCGCUGGACGCCCAUUGCUGAAGAGCCGGACGCUCUGGAGCGCGAUUUUUGUGUGAGACGAAUUGAUCGUACGGAAAUAUACGGCGCAGCCGUCUUUUGGUGCGCCGAACGUAAGGAGCGGUGUCGAUGCUGGCGUUCCGCCUUCAGGAAUGCCGUAUAAUUUUGCUACAGCAACAGAAUUUGGCGAGUCUCAGAAUAUGAGGGAUCGGCGUUAAGUAAAGCUUUUUUUGUGAUGUUCGCGCGGACGUAGGGCUAAUGGCCGGAUUGUUGGUACAAAUGAGGCGAAAUAAAUGAUUUUAGGUUCUUCUCUGUAGCUGACUUCUCCGA